AUGGAGCACCAUGCAUCGGCGGCGGCCUAUGUGCCAUCCUUUGGCCUCCUCCACAGCCUACACGCCAAGGCAAAGCAAGAGGCCUUGCCACCAUCAUCGUGGUCUCCCGUCAAGCCGCCUGAAGGGGGUAGUCAGAGAGAGCUGGAGGGCCUAUCCACCCAGGGCCCUCCGAGAAGUCUUGAGAGCAUCCCUGCCGAAGCCUCGCCAUGCAACAAGGCGACUUCUUCGCGGACGAUCACCUCGGGGUGGGGGGCAUCCUCCUCCCUGCCGGCGGCAGGGCCUAACCCGCCUGUUUCCCCUCACCCCGCCUGGACGGCCUCCUCGACUUCCCCUCCUUCCUUGCCGCCCUCACAGGAGCUUCUUCCGAUGGAGGACGUUGCCUUUGUCUUCGCCGCGCUGACGUGGAAUGUGGAUCUGUUGUUGGUGCUCCUCUCCUACGCCCCGAGUAUGGAGGGGCUGAACGUAAGGGGAGGGGAAGAGGAGCAAGCACAACGACCUUUGGGGGAGCGGAAUCCACCCGUGGGGAUCGAUCCCAACCACCAAGACGGACGCGCAGCGGAGGUGGCGGCAAAUCAGGCUUUACGGAGUUGUGAGCGAAGCCAUGGGGUGAUGGGGGCUUCGGCGGGCGACGCUGGAGCGAUCCCGGCGGCGGCGGGUGGCGGCGAGGCUUCCCGAACGUCAUGGGCGGGGUGGGGGAGUUGGAGUGAACGCCUGCUGUUAAAUUGUCGCCCCCUUUCAACAACCUAUCAUGAAGAAAACGAGGAGGCAAAGGGGACGGAGGAGGCGGGAGGGAGGGGACGUGUGAGCUUUCGGGAUUCGCCUGGGCUGGGCUCGGAACGGGGGCAUUUCCAGCCGCCCUCCACGCCCUUCUCGGCUCCGUCCGCGCUACCAUCUUCCCGUAGUGUGAAUAAAAAGCGCCGUGGGGCUCGCUACCAACGACAGAUCUUCCGGCGGCGGCGACGCCGGACCACUCAUGUGGUGCAUGUCUUUGAAUCGAGUUGUCUAGAAGGUCCCAAGGCUUGCAUGCUCUAUACGGCCCCCAACGUCGAGGCGGAACGCUUUUAUGAAGAGUAUCUUGACUAUUUUUCGAAGCGGCAACAGCAACAGACAGGACUGCCGAACGAACCUCCUCCGGAACAGCAACGUGUGGACUACACCGGUACCAGAUCGCAUUCCACGAAUGGAAAUCGAAGAGGAAAUUACAACAUUACUCGUAACUUAAGCAAAUCGAGGCGAGAGAACGGCCCAUUGAGGCCUACAGACAUGUGGCUCUAUCAGCCAUGGAACCUUUCUGGUCUAAGCCUCAAAUCACAUCAGAAUACGGGCGAUGCGUUGAGCGGGGAUUAUGGAUGCCACAAUCGAGAAAGUAACUGCGAAGAAGAGCCUGACGCGAAGAAUGACAAUACCGGGAAGGGGCAAUCCCUACCGCUUCGGCCCCCUGUGUUGAGUGAGGUUCACAGUUUCGAUCCUUCCAGUUGGGCGGUGGAGCGACCGUUCCUCGAUUGCGCGGCGAUGGGUGACGACGACGACGACGCCGAGAGCACCGCGACCUAUGAGGUGGAUCUGGACUCCCCACGCCUGCUCCAACAGCGGCGCUCCAAAAAAAAACGGCUGCGAAUGGGAACGCGACCGCUGGAAAACCGCCAUAACGGCGGCAGGGGUACGUUUUCACGCCCCAAGCAAAAGCCCGUGCUCUAUAAAGCCUUGCCGUAUCCAAACACCGUGUUGAAUGGACCGAGGCGUGAUGGGAAUGACCGCGGGCGGGAAACCCACGCCUCGAAUCGUCCUUUCCAAAGUCGACUUUCUGGUUUUACUGCGUCGGCGCCGUGUCGUAUGGCUGUGUCCUGCGCGGAACACUCCGCCGGAAACUCAAUUAGCUACCCUGGGAUUCACUAUAAAGUAAAGGAUGGGAAUGUGGCACGGGGUAAUCCCCAUUACGCGGAUUCCGUGGAGUCGACGCGGAUUUUAUCCCCCCUGCCUCGUCUCGACCCCACCGCCGCGACGGGUUCGUCCUUCUCGGCGUCAAAAUCGUCAUCCCCGCCCGCCAUGCGCUGCACGCUCGGCCAGGAAGCCGGUGGACUUUUUCUGCAGAAGUUUAUACGCGCUUUUCUCGUGGUGGUGAUCGCGCAGAAGCGGUGUAACGAUCCCACCUUAUGGGCCCCUCAGAGUUCGGAGCCAACGACGUUGGGUAAGCGCGUUUACCGCCUUGGCGCGGUCGAGACGGCGGCCUUGGAGUACAUCCGGCGGCAUAUCGUUUUCUUCAAAGACGUGAUCACGCAGUACGUGAUGCGCAGCACGCAGGAGGUCGUUCGGCGAUCCCUGCAAGGGGUUUUCCCUUUUGACUACCCCGCGGCGCACAGUCACGAUGGAAACGGGGUGGGCAGCACGACCCCUAAGGAGGUGGUGGAUUUCCCCAAGAAGAGUUGGCUGAGCGCCCUCGUUGCCGGGCUCCCAGGCCUCGCGAAAACGACGCUCGACUCGACGCCACCCACCCAAAGUCGAAGGCCCCCUUUGAGCAAAAACGUCAACACUGAAUCGGAGCCUCGGGGAUCCGGCGACCACACCCCACGGGAUGCUCUGAAGGAUCGAACCCCCACCAGCCGGGAACGACAUAUCGCGCAGCUUUACAUCUCCGGCAAGGACGCCGCCUGGCAACCCUUGCUGCUCGAUUACUUCAGCAUCACGCGCGUGCUGCAGUGCUAUCCAGAAUCGGUCCGCCAAGGCUGCGGUUCCGCUUCGGUGGCGCCCUCCCCCCAUCAUCACAUCGUCCUCGGCGCCCUAAAGAAGUUCAUCACGAAACCGCUCCCGGCAACCACCCUCCCAUCGCCGUUGUCGCCGACCGCCGGGGUCGACGAAAGCCACGCGUUUCUUCGUUAUCUUCAACCGUACUUGGAUUUUCAAGAAGGGGGCCUGUUGAGCCCGCUGGAAUGGGUGCCAUAUGCGAAAAUUCCCCAUGCCAGCCCCUCUCUACCCCAGUCAACCCCUUACCCUCUGGAUGGCGAAGUUCACAGCUAUUGGCAUUGGUAUGAUCGCCCGAAUAGUCCCGCCGGGGGUGGUGGGAAUGGCAACCCCACGCAAUCCUGGAUGGCGAUUGACGUCGCCGUGCUUCCCAUCUCCCGGCGUCGCAUCUACCGCUGCGUGAUUCCCGCCGAGGAUACCGUUCGUUUCGAUCUCUCCGUCUUUUUUAUCGACCCGAUCUUUCGAUUUAUUAACGGGGAAGGGUUUCCUCGCGCGGCGGCGCUUGGGUUGUCCUCGGGUUGUGGUCUUCCGGGCCCGCCUUCUUCACGGGCGGCGAUCUGGGAGCCUUUACCCGCCGCCACCCCCCCUAUAGAGGCUCGGGAGCACUCGAUACUGCCUUUGAGCCUCGGUGUGAUGAGCAGCCUUGUGCACUGCUCCGCGGGGAUGCAUCGUUCGUGCGGGAUGGUAAUCGCGUACUUGCUUUGGUUGCUUCAGCGAGGUCGGGUGGGAGGGGAGAAGGGGGGAAUGGGAUCUCUACCCCAUCCGUUAGCCUUGCCAUUGCCACGGUCGGCGUGGAAUGCGGCGCGGGAGUCGGGCGUCUCCUCCACCGCAGCAUCGAGAAUAGCCACGUCGAGCUUGGAAAAACGGGCUGGCGGCGUGGAAAAGAAGAAUCAACACUCGAAUAGGCAGGAUGGCAUGGACGUGGUUGACGUCUGCGUUCGACACGUCCAGCAGCGGCGAAGUAUGGCAGAGCCAAUUGAUGCGGUUAAGCUUCAGUUGAAACGUUUUGCCGUAGAGUUACAAAUACUAUAG